AGAAAAAACAAGCGAGCUUCGGCCUUCGAUUAGCAGAGGAACUUUCUAAUUGCAGUGUUGAGGUUAGAAGGAAAACGAACGAAGAGAAUGGACAUAGCUCUCUUCUCUCCAUCUUCACUCUUCGCCGACGACGGCGACGACGAAGAAGUCUCUGUUGAUGAGGAAAAUACAGGGAUCCAUCAGAGCUAUGUGGAGAGGAAGCACCAGUUUCCUGGCAUGGAGUUGCUUAUUCGAGAAUUUUCCUUUCACCAGUUGAAUGCUAACUUACUCUGGCCAGGUACAUUUGCAUUUUCAGAAUGGCUAGUUCAACAUCAAUCAUGGAUAGAUGGUCGGCGUUGCCUUGAACUGGGCAGUGGGACUGGAGCUUUGGCUAUUUUUCUCCGAAAAUCAUUUAAUCUUGACAUAACAACAUCAGACUAUGAUGAUCAGGAAAUUGAAGAGAACAUAGCUCAUAACUGCCUGGCAAAUGGAAUUACACCUGUCCUUCCUCAUAUAAAGCAUUCUUGGGGAGACCCCUUUCCAACUGCUGACCCAGACUGGGACCUGGUCAUAGCAAGUGAUAUCCUGUUGUAUGUCAAACAAUACCCUAACUUGAUAAAGUCUCUCUGUUAUCUCCUAAAAUCUUACAAGCCUAAGGAUGACAAAGCUGUUUGUGCUGUGGGAAAUGACCAGAAUAGUGGAAUGCGUAUGGGGUUGCCUGCACCAGCAUUUCUAAUGAGCUGGAGACGCAGAAUUGGGAAGGAGGAUGAAUCACUCUUCUUCUCCGGUUGUGAGAAUGCUGGUCUCGAGGUGGAGCACAUUGGAUCCCGUGUGUAUUGCAUCAAACCAAGAGAAAAUAUUGUCACUAUCCCCCAAGAGAGUGGAUGAUUGAAGCUGGUAUGCAAUUAUGAAUGGCAGUUUGUUUUUUGCAGUCUAUAUCAGGAUUCAGGACCAUGGUCAUAUUAAUCAAAGUAGGCAACCUAGAAUGGUUGUUUUAAAAGUUUGGAAUGCAAGAUGUGAUGCUUCUCUUGAGAUGGUACUAAUUUUGCCUCAAUGAUGCAAUUGAUGAAUUACUUUUCUGUCAGCUCUUGAAAGCUUGUAACAUUUCUUAGAAAAAAAACCCAUCUAAAUGGAUUAAAUACAAAUUCUAUGAAGCUACUUUCACCCAUGGCAUUCUUCUUGAUAAAUGAUUACACCCCUUAUAUUUGAUUUACUUAUUUUUUUGCUGGCAUCACUCAAUAACUACAGUUAAUUCAGAUGCAGGAGGGAAAAAAAAACAGGGAGAUAAGGGUAAGAUCAGCUCAAAAUUUCUAGUAUAUCCCAGAUAAAAAUAAACUGAAUAAAGCCCUAAGGUGGUUCUCCCAUCAAGUUUGCAUUGUUUUAUGUGACAACAAAGACAAAUCCUCUGAUCAUCAUGUACCCAAAAAUUGAAAAGAUUGCUACAGUUUCAUCUCAUGAAAAAUGGAAAAGACUAAUUGCAGAAUAUUUGUAACUUUGUUCUAGCAUAUUCCAAAAAAAUAAGAGGUAUUUUUGAGCUUUCUUUUAUCCUUUUCUGAGGAGAGCUUCCAUCAAAAUGUGCCACCACUUGCUUUUGCCAUCAUUUACUGGAACACUGUAGAAGUCUUCCAUUUUCAUUUCAAUGGCAUUUCUGCUUCUGUUUCCUGUCACUUCAUUUGCAAUCCAAAAGUUUGAAAAUGAACUCCUCCUCAGUUUUCAUUUGGGAACAUGUAAUCUUGGCAUGCUUAGUUAAAACUUCAAAGCAUCAAACAGCAAGACACAUUAACUUGUGGCUAACUUAAUUGGUUGAAUAUCUAAUUCUAACCUAACUUGACCACACCAUAUAAACUCGAAUUUAUAGAAAGCUCUCCAACUUUAUAUUAUUAAGUUCAAAAAUCGACAAGCCAUGUAAAUUCUAACCAAAAAUAAGAUGGUCAGACAUAUCUACAAGCACUGGUUUUUGUCUGGCUCUUAUCAACAGAUAUAGAGGAAAGUUCCUGGAAACUGCAUUUGCCAUUACCCUUCCCCUAUCAUUGAUGUAUAUGUAUACCUUCUCUGCUGAAUAUCUAUAACAUUAUUGAAAGGAAACCCUUUGGGGCAUCCUCAUUUUGUCACGUGUAAGGCUUUAAAGAGGGGAUUUUAAGGCUGAUAACAAAUAGUAUACUUGAAACAAUGUUAAAAAAGAGCUGAUAACAAAUCUAAAUAAAAAACAAAAGAAGAAGAUGAAUUUACAACAAAAAUCCAUAAAAAGGUUAGAC